GGUGAAAUCCUAAUUGGUUUUAUGAGGCUGCGGUGCCCGCCGACGAAAACCUUGGUUUUCCUCCUACGAUUUCCUCAUCAUUUCUAAUUCCUCUGAGCUUCCUGCGACCGUAUGAUUCCAAUAAAAAACCGAAUAUAAAGACUAGUUUGGUAACUCGAUUUUUUCAAAAAAUUUUCAUUUUUCCAAAGUAAAAAUGAACUAAUAUCUCUUAUAAAAUAGAUUUUUUUUUAGAAAAAUAAGGUUGCUAAACUAGGCCUAACGGUGGUGGUAGAUACAGAGAUAUUGGGUAGUGCACGUGAAAAUAAAAACAGCUCCAUCGAUAUUUCAAAGAUCUAGAAGAAAAGAAAAGGAACAGAGAUAUCGUCAACGUUUUCCGGCCUUCACCGAGAGACACGCCGAAGUCUGCAAAUCCCCUCUCAGUCAACUCCAAGGGCCAAGACCCCAAUUUCCCCUAGAGGUUGGGAUUUUGUGGGUUCAGUCAUGCUCGAGCGGCACCGCGUUCAUCGCGACGCCGACGGCGAUCUCCCCGCCGCCGUGACCGCCCCCCUUCUCGCGCACCCACCGUCGCCGGCUGAGCCUUGGCCUGCGAACUUUGGUUCAUCGGAGAUAACCGACGAGGAGAUCGACGCCGCCUCCGCCGCCUGCUGCCGCAUCUGCCUCGAAUCCGAGUCCGAGCCUGGUGAUGUGCUAAUAUCUCCAUGUAUGUGCAAGGGGACACAGCAGUUCGUGCAUCGCUCCUGCCUUGACCACUGGAGGUCUGUUAAGGAAGGAACUGCCUUUUCACACUGCACAACAUGCAAGGCGCGAUUCCAUCUACGGGUUGAAUUUCUGGAGGAUGACAUUUGUCGUAGAAUGAAGUUUCGGAUGUUCGUUGCAAGAGAUGUUAUCAUUAUAUUCCUUCUUAUACAAGCCACCAUCGCAGCUAUAGGUGGUAUGGCAUAUUUUUUGGACAAAGACGGAAACUUCAGAAACAAAUUUUCUGAUGAUUGGGAACGGUUUCUGUCAAAGCAUCCAGUGCCCUUUUACUACUGUGUUGGUGUGGUUGUGUUCUUUGUAAUGGUUGGAUUUUUCGGGCUAAUACUACACCUCUCCUCUUACAACAACAACGAUCCGUGCCUGGUUGGCUCCCGUGAUUGUUGCUUUGGGUGUGGUCUGGUGGACUUACCGGCUUCAAUGGAAGCUUGUUUCGCUUUCGCUGUCAUAUUUGUUAUUAUGUUGGCCAUCCUUGGAGUUGCCUACGGGUUUCUUGCGGCGACUGUGGCCAUCCAGAGGAUCUGGCAGCGGCACUAUCACAUACUUACCAAGAAGGAGCUCACGAAGGAAUAUGUGGUGGAGGACCUCCCUGGGGGUUACACGCCGCCGAAGAUGGAUCCAGAGCAUGAGCAGCGGUUGAAGGUGUUGCAGCUCAUGUAGCUUGCACUUUCGCAGGUGAUGGACAUGAAGUAUCGCAUCUUUUUUGUUGCAUUGCAUGUAUGUACUUUUGCAUGCUGUGAGUGUUAUUAGUUGGGGUAAACAUGUAUUCUAGUGACGGAAGUCCAUGUGCUUAUAAUGUACAAAUAUAGAACCACGGUUACCAGUCCCAGGUGGGGAAUCACAUACAGGCUAGGAACAAUGCAAGUUAAAUUGAUCGACUGUUUCGCUACACAUACUGCAUUACUGCCGAGAGACAAUGGUAAUGCUCACUGUAUCGAAACGUUAGUUUCCUUUUUUUUCACUGCUUUGGCGCCUCGGUGUUUCGUCCCUUUGUAUCUGGAUAUGUUGUACUUCACCUGGACCAAUCAGAAUCACUCUACUACCAA